AAGCUGUGAAGCUGUGCGAGCUAGUGGCCUUUCUUUGCUUCCAGGAGAUCCGGGGACCUGUACCCCAUCCCUUGACCCGAGAGCCAGAGGACAUGGAUGGCGUGCAGGCUGUCUUUGCCUACGGCACUUUACGUGGCGAUUUUAGCGAGUCGGGCGACCGCUGGGGUGUCAUCUCAAGAACAGGCGCCGCAUGGCUUCCGGCCUCUGUGAGCGGCUUCAAGCUGUUCCAGGAGGAGACAGCAUUCUACCCCUUCGCACUUCAGACGAAACUCUCAGAGGACUGCACGCUACUGGUGUGGCCGUGCGACAACGCAAGGGACGCCAUCGCGGCGUGCGACCGGAUUGAGGGCUUCGAGCCAAAGAGUCCGGAGGAUGGCCUGUACCGCCGGACAGUGGUGGAUGUAGCUGUGCCAGCAGAUGUUCUGAGAAAAGCCAGCGAGGACAAGGGCUGGCUCGCGUCAGCUGCAGGCGCUUGUGAGGGCGAGACCUCCAUCAUCAGGGCCUUUCUGUACCACCAGCCCAUGGAUGGUCGGGAGCGCGAAGUGAAGCACUUCCCCGGUGGAGAUUGGCUCCAGGCCCAAUCUUGACGCCUGUGCGUGGCUGGCAAGGACACACUUUGCCUCGUGCUAGCGGGUUGCAGCAUUCGCUGCUUCACAUGUCCGAGCCUGAUUUGCUGGCAGCCCGCAGCUAGUCACGGAGAGCUUCUAGUCCUUUGGCUGAGCGUCCAGAGAGGGACCUGGGAGGACACAAAGCGGCCGUGCAAUGCGUCGCAAUGCUUGGCUAUGCUUCGCUGUGGCAAUGUUAGGCUCAGUAUUUGGAGUUUCUGGAUGUGUACAGACGGGGCUGGCGACCCCUCCCUUGGCUCCAGAGCUGCCA